AUGGAGGACGACGAUGAGAAAUUGGAAGAGGUGUCGUCUCCGUCAAGCGUAGAAUCACGGGACGAAGAAGAUGCUUCUCCGCACAGCGAGCCGAUACCAUUUCAGGCUAGGGUUCGCUACCUUCCAAAGGAUACAAGGGUCUUCGAUGUCAACCCUAAACCUCAACCUAAGCCAUGA